CGUCAAAGUUCACACCUGAAAUUUCGGAAUCCAAUCAGCUGUUAGUGUUAAGCGCUGCCGCGCCAUGCCGCCAUGCUAAAUUUAGGGCACUCGCUGGUUCGAAUUCUGAGCACACCUGCGCUGGGCAGCCGUCCUCCUCCCUCCUCCUGUAUCAGCAAUACAUUACAAGUUCUCAUCCGAUUAGCUUUAUGUUUCGUCUAAUCACCAAUGGCUCUAGGACUUUACUACAUUUCUUGUUGCGCAGCAUUGGAUAUAGACGGAUUUCGAGGAGCGGGAAGUGUUCAGUGGCUCUCCAAUUUGAGAUUCUUGGGAGGUUUAAUCGUGCCCGAGCAGCUCGUCUCACACUCCCUCAUUAUGUUUGCCAAACGCCUCUGUUUAUGCCAGUUGGAACUCAAGGGACUAUAAAAGGCUUGACAAACAACCAGCUCGAGGAUAUUGGUUGCCAAAUAAUUCUUGGAAACACCUACCAUCUGGAACUACGUCCUACCUCUCAACUUCUUGAUGAGCUUGGGGGGCUGCACAAAUUUAUGAACUGGUCAAGGGCUAUGCUGACUGAUUCUGGAGGCUUUCAAAUGGUCUCUCUAUUGCAUUUGGCUGAUAUUACUGAAGAAGGUGUUACUUUUCAGUCUCCAGUGGAUGGAAAACCAAUGCUUCUUACACCUGAAGAGUCAAUACACAUACAAAACAGAAUUGGAGCAGAUAUUAUUAUGGCUCUCGAUGAUGUCGUAAAAACCACAACCACAGGUCCAAGAAUGGAGGAAGCAAUGUAUCGAACUCUUCGCUGGAUAGACAGGUGCAUUGCAGCUCACAAAAGACCACUUGAGCAGAAUCUGUUCGGCAUUGUCCAAGGCGGUGUAGAUCCAGUGCUAAGAGAUAUCUGUGUCAAGGGUCUGGUGGAUCGUGAUUUGCCUGGGUAUGUAUACUUUCAUUUAAAUUAAAUCAUUUUUAGUAUACACUGAUAGUAUUUUAUAAUUUAAGCAUUGUUUUAAAUUGCGCAAUGCAAUUACGCAAUGAGGCGUGCCUCGCCCAAAUUCAGGAGAAUUGCGCACAAUUGCAUGGAUCAAGGCAGAUGUCAAGAAUCGUAUGCUAUAUGGCGCAGAGGUGUACGCAACUAGCGAUGCGCAAUAAGGCGUGUUGAAACGUCCGCAACAGAAAUAAGAAUAAUUGUGGGCUGAUAGGCCCACUUUUUUAUUUUUUUAGUUCGUUAAUAGUAUUUUUAAGGCCUGUUGCUUGUUACUAACUCACAAAUCCAAGUCCCCAGUUCUGCUUAACUCUUCUUCUUCUUCGAGAAGAUCAACCUGCAUUUCUGCCUUUCUGGCUUGUUGCUACUUCAUCUGCGCAUCACAGGGCUCUUAAGUAGAAGACCUGCAUUACUGCUUCUUCAUCAAUGCAAUAGAUGCAUUGGGAUUUCUAAGGUAAUCAAUGCAAACUUACCUUAUAAAAACUGACAAAAGCAAGAAUGUGGCAUUCACGUUAUGCUAUUGGUGGUCUUGCGGGCGGUGAAGAUAAAGACUCUUUUUGGCGUGUUGUGGCUCAGUGUACCGCUGCAUUGCCUGAGGAUAAACCACGAUAUGUCAUGGGUGUUGGGUACCCUUUGGAUAUUGUAGUUUGCAGUGCUUUGGGUGCUGACAUGUAUGACUGUGUCUAUCCUACUCGCACUGCUCGCUUUGGCACAGCCCUUGUGCCUGAGGGAGUUUUGAAGCUUAAACACCAAGCAAUGGCUAAUGACAUCCGUCCAAUUGAUGCUACAUGUGAUUGUAUGGUAUGCAAAACAUAUACAAGGGCUUAUAUUCAUUCCCUUGUCACGAAAGAUGCAAUGGGUUCUCAGCUUUUGUCAUAUCAUAAUUUGUAUUACAUGAUGAAGCUUAGCAGAGAUCUACACUUUUCAAUUCUUGAAGGACGCUUUCCAGCAUAUGUAUGCCAGUUUCUGCAGAAAAUGUUCCCCAAAGGAGAUGUUCCAGAGUGGGUCUGCAAUGCCAUGGAGGUUGCUGGAAUUGAUAUCUCUUCCUGCUGUCAACCAAUUUCAUCAUCUAUAACAAGGCAGGCCAAUACACAAAAGAUAGUAAAACUAACAAAGUUGUUUGUUUUUUUAGCGCUACUGAUUACCCCCCUUUCUUAUUAUAUAGCCUUCCGUGUAGGUUUAGAUAGAUUUAGACACUAACAACAAACACAGGGAGCAGUUUUUUGGUUGUUUCCCGAGACACAGGGAAUAGAAAAGGUAUAGAUUAAAUUACACAUCUCGGGAAUAUUUUGAUGUAACAGAUACGGAAUAUAAAACAACAAAUUUUGGGACGGCAAUUUUGAUCCUUGGUUCUUAUUAAAAGCACACCUUGUGAUGAUUCCAU